UAUAUAUGAAAGGAAAAAAUAACGAAUCACUUUAGGAAGAGAUUCGUUCACUCUCGUUCACUGAAAAGAUUCGUUCUUUUUGAACGAAUUGUUCACUCACGAGCCAACACUAGCGUGAACGGCUCAAGAAAGUAGACGGGAAGAUGCAUGAAACUAAAGGAUGAAAAACAAGUCGACUUGACUUCGGUAAGACGCACCAGCCCACUCAUUAACUAGUGCAUUAACCAUGCCGUUACUAACUAACUCACCAAAGCGAGUUCGUCGUGGUUGGAAUUCCGUGGAGGACGACAUUUCAACUCGGUUCCAUCUGAAGAGAGAGCAACAGUAAUGUGUACAUUCUCUUGUCUUUUCGUUGUUUUAAAAAAAACAAAACACUUUUUUUCCUUUUUAGAGUUUUUUUGUGUUCCCGCCGCGUGCUGCUUGUUACCAUGGAGCCCAUCAGCCCCCAGACACCCCACCUCUCUCAUUCACACGUACACGCGCGCGCAUCACUGACAACCGUCCAUUGGCGAUACAGUCAGCUAUAAAUAAAACUCUGUCCUUUCACUUAACCCUGCUAUACGGCACCCGCGAUUUCUUUUCCUGGUGUUUUCUUCAGAAUAGUUUUCUCGGAGUUUCCCUAAUUUCCCCUUUGUUUUUUGCAACAUAAAACGUAUCAUGAAUGUUGAAGACAGUUGAGAUGUUUGGUGUUGUUUUCAAGUCGGUGCUGCGCCGGUGGCACUUGAGUCUGUGUUUUGGGUGUUAGCGAAAGGGUUCGAGAAUCUUUCAGACGCAAAACAGUGAGCAGCAAGAAAAACGAAACAAAAUGAAGAAAGAAGAGCAGCGGAUGACAGACAGUGCCUUGCACUUCGGGCUCUCACUUCUCGCCAGCCAGAUGGGGCAGCAUGGAGGAGGCAGAGCCAAGUGUCUACGUCGCCCAGCUGAAGGCGGAGUUUGACAGCUUCGACACGGCAUCCUCGGGCUUCCUGGGUGAGCAGGAAGUGACAGCGCUGUGCAGGAAGUUGCAUCUGGACCCCCACCUGCCGCUCCUGCUUGACUCGCUGCUGGGAGGACAAGGAGGAGCCUGCACCAGGGUGGACUUUGAGGCCUUCAAAGAGAACUUUGUGGAGGUUUUAUCUCGCUCGCAGGACUUGACGUCAGAUGACGACAGCAACUGCCUGCGCCCAGUUGUUGCCGACCAAGAGAAACCAAAGUUUGUCAAAGGUGAAAAACGUUACGGACGCCGCUCGCGUCCUGACGUGAUGCUGUUGCCACUGUCUCCAUCGUCGCCACAAUUGCCACCGUCGGACGACAUGCCCCCACCCACCCCCGAUUCCGCCCUCUCGUCGCCGACGGAGGUCGGCGGGCCCAAGAUAGGCCGAGCUGCCUCUUUAGUAGACAUUGUGGAGGAGCACGGCAUGUUGGACCAGGUCUCACUUGCACCCUUCAAGAAGCUUCUGUGUGGCUCUACCCCCGUCUGCUGCUCUACGCCACACAGGACGCCGCUGGCGCCAGAGGAAGGGUCGCUGUCAGAGAAUGGGACGCUGCUGACAGCCUGGCCAGGUCCCCGAGUCCUCAGCCGGCUGGACGAUGGCUCGGGACGCGCCUGCCCUGAGAGAGUGGUCGCCCUCUGGCGUGACGAGGGCGUCCGCGAUGCUCGGGACAUCCUGCAGACGUUGGACUUCCCUGUGGAGGCGCGCGUGAGUUUGCGGGAGCUGACGUUGGCCCUGGAAAAUGAACUCCUGGGCAGGGGUGACAGAAUCCACCAGGUGGCGCUCAUCUGCUACAAGGAUGAACUCCAGCACCUGCGGGCGUGCUGGGAGCAGGCGUGCGGUGAGCGCGACAAGGCCAGGGCUGACCUGGAGCGGACAGAGUGUGUGAACCUGCGGCUCCUGCACGAGGCGGACGAGCGGCUUGCCGGCAUGGAGGCGCUCAGCUGGACUAGGAUCAGAGAGCUGGAGCGGGACUUCCGGGAGCGCCUGGCGGAACAGCGCAGCCAAGCGGAACAGGAGAGCGAUGCCGCUGUGCAGCAGCUGGAACAGGAACGGCAAGAACUGCAAGAGCAACUGAUUGUGUUCGGGGUCCGGGAGGCGGAGCAAAGGAAGGAGUUGGCCGCUGCCGCGCAGGAGAAGGCUCACUUGGAGGAGGAGGUUGCGGAUGUGACGCGCAGGUUGAGUGAGGCGGAAAACUGCGCCCGGCAUCUGUGCGCCGACUUAAAGCAGCUGCUGCAACUCAAGUCGAGCAGCUCGGACCCUGAAGACAGACAGGCCAGACUUCUGGAAGACUGUGAGCGCCGCUGCAGAGAGCUGCGGGACCAAAACGACGAGCUGAGCUCCAAGUUGGAGUCGCAUAGGAGUCACGAGAAGAGCCGCAGAAAGUGGAUGAAGGUGGCCCGUUCUGAAGCUCCAUCGAGCAGUGGCGAGUCCGACUCUGACCAUCGUGACAUGAAGCGCCGCUCAUCUCCGCCUCGUCGUGCCACAGUCCACCCGGAUGACACAACGGUGGCCGUCAGCAUCGAGACGGAAUUUGCGGUGGAGAAGCUGAAGAGCAAACACAAGCAGGAGAUCCAGCAGCUCAACAUCCAGAUGGAGACACAGGUCAACUACUACGAGCACAGUCUGGACAGGAUGAGGCAGAGCAUGGAAGUGGAACGCAAAGACAUCGCUCAGGCCUUCAAGCUGGAGAUCAGCGAGCUUGGGGAUCAGAAGGCAAAGGCGGAGCAUCAGGUCACGAUUCUGAAGGAGGCGUUGGACAAAGUUCACUAUCAGCUCCAGCACAGCGUGCGAUCUUUCGAGCAAGAGCAUAGGAUGCAACGGCAGCGAGCUGACUCGGAGCAGAACUUUGCCAGAGAGAUCAGAAACUUGGUCCAGAGGCUGAACGCUGAGAAGGACCAGCUGGAGGCAGAGCUUAACCUCAAGAUGGACCAAGAAGUCAUGAUGGUCAGGAACCAUCUGGAUGAAGCGCAGUCCGACAAUGCCGCCCUGCAGGAGCAUCUCUGCCUCCUGCGGCAGGAAGUUGACAUGCUGAAUGACGAGGUCACCAACAAGAGGAGCAAGUUGGAGGAGCUUAAGCAGCAUGGUGAGAGCAGCAGACAGGAAGUGGAGAGGCUACGCCAGGAGGUGCGGCAACUGCAGGAAGAGGCAGAGCUUCAGUGGAAGCAGAGGCUGCGGCUGGAGGAAGAGCUUCGCGGCUGCAGGCGCAAGAUGGAGGCGGAUGACAGGCAAAUGAUGAAGGCAGAGCUUCGGAGAGACGACGCACUUGGCGAGAAGAAGGCGGAGUGUUGCAGAGUCGCAGAGGAGCUCAGCCCCACCCAAGUGUCCGACCUGCACAGGAUCCUGAGCGAUUCCCACAGGAUGGUGCAUAAGGCGGAGUCCAACAGAAAGUUGAUGAAGGACAAUGAGCGGCAAGACGCGCACAACCGGCAGCUGCUUGAGCAGGCCCAAGCAGUAUUCGGUAUGGUGCAGCAGGAAGGGGCGGAGCUCAGGGAGAAGGUGACGUGGCUGCUGGCUCGGCUGCAGGAGGAGCAGAUGCGGAGUCGGCGGUUGGAGGAGGAGCUACAGCUCUGUGAUCGCCAGAGCGCCGCGCACGUCAGCCUCAAGGAGGAGCAGUACGUGAAGGUGCUGGCGGCCGCGCGGCAAAGCACGCAGGAGCUGGAAGUCAAGCUGAAGGCUUCUCGUGCCAUUCUGCACAAGAAAGUCCAGCAACUCCAACAGCAGGUGGCCAAGAACGUCAAGUCAAGCCAGAUGUUGAAGGAGCUCUACUUGGAAAACUCUCAGCUGAUGACAACGCUGCAGCUCACAGAGCGGCGCCAUCAAAAGGCUCAGAAGGACAACAUGGUGCUGGAGGAGAAGAACAUGGAGAAGAACCAGCUCAACAUGAGGACUGACUCAAUGAUCGCCCUUCACUGGAUCCGCAGCCCAGCUCAGCGAUGGAAGCCGUUUGUCGCCAACAGAGUGACUGAAAUACAAGAGCUUACUAACCCGGAGUCGUGGUCCCACUGUGCUGGCAAAAUGAAUCCAGCUGACUUGCCGACACGAGGUCAGCAUGCAAAGAGCCUCAUUGAGAGCCAGCUGUGGUGGAGUGGACCCACUUCACUGCAUGCAGCUGACAAAGCCCAGGACAUUGACAAUGACCACGUGGUAAAUGAAGUAAACACUGAACUGAAAUCUAAGCAUCAAGCUGUUGUCCAACUCACCAGCGCUGAACAGACUGAAACUUUGUUAAACUUAGAGAAGUACAGCAGGCUCAAAACUGUGUUAAGAAUCACUGCAUGGUUAAAACGAUUUGUUACUAACCUAAGGUCCAGUCAGAAGGUUCAGGGAGCACUAACUGCAGAAGAGCUAAUUGCAGCUGAAACCCACUGGGUAAAGAUUACACAAGAGAGAUGUUUUAGCUCUGAAAUAUCCCAGCUAAGGUUAAAACAGAAUGUGAAGGGAGAAUCUAAACUCCGAGACUUGAGACCAUUCCUAGAUGAAAACGGUCUACUUAGUGUUGGAGGUAGACUACAGAACUCUGAUAUUAGUUUCAGAGAGCAGCAUCCCUGGAUACUCCCAACAAAUCACAAGUUUUCAGAGUUGUUGGUUAUAUCAUGCCAUGAAAGGGUGAUGCAUUCUGGUAUCAGAGACACAUUGAUUCAACUAAGAGAACAUUACUGGAUUUUGAGAGGAAGGCAGCUGGUUAAACGUCUCAUUUCAGGCUGUUGCAUUUGCGGAAAACUAAAGGUUACACCAGCACAACAGAUCACUGCUCCUUUGCCGCGAGACAGAGUUACUGAGUCACCUCCUUUUGAAGUCACUGGUGUAUAUUUUGCAGGACCUUUGUAUGUAAAGGUUAAAGGGCAUCAGCCUGUAAAGGCAUACACUGCACUAUUUAUAUGUGCAGUAACAAGAGCAGUACAUUUAGAGUUAGUUUCAGAUCAGACCACAGAAAAUUUCCUAUUAGCUUUAAAACGAUUCAUAGCAAGACGAGGGCUAUGUAGGAUCAUUUACUCUGAUAAUGCUAAAACAUUCAAAAGAGCGGACAAAGAUUUGAAAGAGGUAUGGAACACUAUGAAGGAGUCAGAGAUUUCUUUGCGAACAAAGGGAUCACUUGGAAGUUCAUAGCCGAGCGAGGUGCUUGGUGGGGGGGCUUUUGGGAAAGGCUAGUGAGAUCUACGAAAACUUGCUUAAAGAGGAUACUAGGGAAAGCAUCCCUGAACUUUGAAGAGCUCACAACUGUACUUUCUGAAGUUGAAGCAGUGUUGAAUUCUAGGCCUCUGUCCUAUGUACAUAGUGAUGCUUUAGAACCCCAGCCACUUACUCCUUCACACUUCCUGGUUGGUAAACGCCUGACUUCCUUGCCACCAAAGACUGUUUCUGUACCAGCCCAUGUGAGUACUGCCAAUCGAGAGGAGCUCGGUAAAAGGUGGAAAUAUCGGCAGAGACUUUUGACCAGCUUUUGGAACAGCUGGCGCAGAGACUAUUUGAUGAACUUAAGAUCAGCUCACAAGGUGGACACUCCUACCCCAACAGCCCUUAAAGUAGGAGAUGUGGUUUUGAUCGGAGAGGAUAAAAUACCCAGACAGAUUUGGAAAAUGGGAAGAAUUGUUGAUGUUCUUCCAGGCAGGGAUGGUCUUGUACGUUCAUGCAAUGUUCGCACUUCAACAGGCAGUUUGUUAAGAAGACCUGUUCAGUUAUUGUAUCCCUUAGAAGUGUGUUAAAGAUUAGCCCAAAUUUAUGAACAUUUGUUCAUCGGGCGGGAGGAUGUUGUAACUUGUUAAGUUGCUCAUCAUACAUUUAUUGAUUUGCAUGAUUGGAAUUUAUGUAAUUUUAUUUUGACACACCGGAAGUGUUUUAUUUUGAAGGUGUUUUAGCGGAAAUGUUUGCAUUCCAACUUGUCUAUCAUUAUCUGACAACAUAGUGUCUUCCUUUUCGUUCCGUACAAUAAAAAGAACAGUAAAACGUACACAAAAGAUUUAGAGCCUCCGUCAUCAUUGGAGAAGCCGUCACUACGUAACAGUUGUGAAAUAAAAUCUUACCUGUAAUACGCAUUUUGUUGUUUGUUGAUUGAAACUGCCAAUUAAACUGUGAAUUGAAACUAA